AUGGAGGCAGUAACCUUGGGGGCCCGGGGCCUGAGGCUCUGUCGGGUUGCUCCCGGCAGCAGGGCCAGCUGGAGAUUUAUAGCAACAUCACCAGUUUCUCAGCUGUCACUAACUGAAUUGACAGAAAUGCGAAAUGAACUCUUUAAUAAAGAGAGAACCCGGCAGCUAUCAUUAACUCCUCGAACUGAGAAGAUUGAAGUUAAACACAUUGGGAAAACUGACCCUGGCACUGUCUUCGUGAUGAAUAAGAACAUUUCUACUCCUUAUAGUUGUGCUAUGCAUUUAAGUGAGUGGUACUGCAGGAAGUCCAUUUUGGCUCUUGUUGACGGACAGCCUUGGGACAUGUACAAACCUUUGACCAAGUCUUGUGAAAUUAAAUUCCUUACUUUCAAAGACCAGGAUCCAAGAGAAGUGAAUAAGGCUUAUUGGCGUUCUUGUGCCAUGCUGAUGGGCUGUGUAAUAGAGCGGGCAUUCAAAGAUGAGUACGUGGUCAAUUUGGUCAAAGCUCCAGAAGUUCCUGUAAUUGCUGGAGCUUUCUGCUAUGAUGUAGUUUUGGACAAGAGACUCGAUGAAUGGAUGCCAACAAAAGAGAACCUGCGUUCCUUCACAAAAGAUGCUCAUGCUUUAAUUUAUAAAGAUCUUCCUUUUGAAACUUUGGAAGUUGAUGCAAAAGUGGCAUUAGAAUUAUUUCAGCACAACAAGUACAAAAUAGAUUUUAUAGAAGAGAAGGCAUCGCAGAACCCUGAGAGAACAGUUAAACUAAACAAAUUUGGUGAUUUCAUAGAUGUGAGUGAGGGCCCUCUUAUUCCAAGAACCAGUAUUUGUUUCCAGUAUGAAGUAUCAGCGGUUCACAAUCUUCAAGCCAAACAGUCAAGUCUUGUACGAAGAUUCCAGGGUCUUUCUUUACCUACUGAUUUAAGAGCACAUUUUACAAUAUGGAAUAAGCUGUUGGAAAGAUCUAAGAAACUGGUAACCAAAGAUCAAAACAAACCUACGGAGGAAUGUGCAUCUACCUAGAAACUUCUAAAAUUUAAAUAUGUACAGUAAAUUAAA